GUUGAGGCAGGCAAGCUGGUUGGUUUGAGCAAGAUAUUCCAGACAGAGUUUUCGUCGACUUGUAUAGUGAAGCAUGUGCGAACUGGUAAGAUCUCAUGCUUGCAUUUCGACAACCCCUGUUGGCUCCAGCAUGUUGAUAGGACCACGGGUGAGGCUAUCGUGCAGGCCUUGGAUGAGCAAGUCGAGGCCGGAGGCUUCCUGCAGAAGAUGCUUGGCAACAAGCGCCGCGCCCGGCUGAUCACGUCAGACGACGCAGGAUCCAACGACAGAGCGCACCGUUUUUAUCAGAUUCAUUGUGGCUUAGCCGGGCGCAUUCCGUGCUCGGUGCACAAGCUUCAGGCCCUGGGCCCCAGGACUGGGGUUUUGGUGGAUUCUUCCGUUACUGGCAUCCUGAACUCGAUGCUGGCACUCGGGCAG